AUGCGUGAUCCCAUCACCAUCCUCCAGCACAAUGAGCCGCCUUCCCCACCCUUCCGGCGGCAGCGGCUCAUACUGCGCACGCGCAGCGCAGCCUUCCUUCUCCGCCCCGCCGGCAAGAUGUGCCGGUUUGUCUCGCUGCAGGCCAAGCGCACCAAGAAGGUUGGGAUCGUGGGUAAAUACGGGACCCGCUACGGUGCGUCCCUCAGGAAAAUGGUGAAGAAGAUCGAAAUCAGCCAGCAUGCCAAGUACACCUGCUCCUUCUGUGGCAAGACUAAAAUGAAGAGGAAGGCUGUGGGUAUCUGGCACUGCGGAUCUUGCAUGAAGACAGUUGCUGGUGGUGCCUGGACUUACAAUACCACCUCUGCAGUGACAGUCAAAUCUGCAAUCAGAAGACUGAAGGAAUUAAAAGACCAGUAGAAGCUGCAUCCUGUUCUUGUGAAAUGUAUUUUUUCAACACUCUCAAGAUCUGUGCUUUUACCAAUAAAACAUGGAUUGAAACUA